AUGGCAUUCGAGGUCUUUCACAACCUCUUACACCCUGACAUCAAGUCCACAGCACGUCUCGUCUCCGAGAAGUUCAUGUGGCCUAAGCUGCAAAAGGAAGGUGUAAUUCACUGGGCUCAGUGGCACAGCCGCUCAGCUCUUGGUGACUUUAUUGUUAGUGCACAUCUGCGUCUACCUGCUGAAGCUCCCCUUGACCAACGGCUUCCUGUAGUGACUCACAGUGACAGGUUUAUCAGGUGGCCGAUCGCCGCUCCUACUCUAGACCAGCAGGACACGACCGUCACCAAAGCCCUACACGACAACUGGAUCGCAAUCUUUAGAACGCCCCUGACCAUCACUUCAGACCAGAGAGCACAGUUCGAGUCAGUGCUCUUCACCGAACUUGCCAAGAUUAUCGACUCGAGUCAUAUAAGGACGACCCCUUACAAUAACCAAUACUUCGAGGUCAACGAUAUGAUGACGCAAGAACUGUGUCUGGACAUAUGUCAGACUUGCAAACUUAAUUGA